CCCAAAUUAACAAUCUGUGAAUCGUCAUCCCCAGCUUCACGCCUAACCACCACCGACCGCCAAGAUGACGAAGGGUACCUCCAGCUUUGGUAAGCGUCACAACAAGACGCACACUCUCUGCCGACGAUGCGGUCGUCGCUCUCUGCACGUCCAGAAGCAUGAGUGUGCCUCUUGCGGUUACCCCGCCGCCAAGAUGCGAAAGUACAACUGGAGCGAGAAGGCCAAGCGGAGAAGGACCGUUGGCACUGGUCGCUGCCGCUACCUCAAGGACGUUUCCCGACGAUUCAAGAACGGCUUCCAGACCGGCGCCCCCAAGAACGCCAGGGUUGGCAAGAAGUCCGCUGAGCAGGAGUCUUAAGUGACCUUUGUGGAGCGUUUUCGGAGCUCUCUUUCUGCUUCUACUGGUUUUUUUGUUUUUUUCUUCGUCGCUACACCGGAUCUUAUGCACAAAAGGGUAGAAGAGGGAGAGAGAGAGAGAAACGAGGAAAAAUAGAAGAAACCAAAAAAAGAACAAUAAUCCCGCGUCCAUGAGGUCAAUGAGUCCUGGCGAACAAAGACAACGCUUUUGCAUCUUCUCACUCUUCUCUUGCGUGAUGAGCGACGCAUCUGCCGGAUGAACUCUUCCUCUUCCUUUUUUCUUUCUAAGGUCUUCUUUAUGUUCUCCUUUCCUUCUUUUUCGCUGCAUGGACUCGAGUGGAGGUGGCGGUGGAUGUAAAUUUGGGCGAUUGAUCAAGGAAGGCGGCUGGAGCAUGGGACAAAUGGUGUUAUCGAAAAGAAAAGGGACCCCGACUGCUUUU